UAAUUAUCACUAAAAGGGGUGUAGUUGUGAACUUGUAAUACGCUAUUUAUUUUUAUUUUUUCAAUCAUCAGUCACCACUUAACUGAAAUGAGUCUGGACUGAACUAAAGUGUACAAUGCAUUGUACAUGGCUGAUUAUGUGUGGUUCCAAUACUUCCAUUUUGGUUUCAAGUUGGAUGCAAAUUGUCAAGGAAAAAACCAGCUCCAAUCCCAUCGCAUCCUUUGCUUGCUCCACUGCUUCGUAUUCUAUACAUAUAUUAGUAUUAGUCCAUCCCUGAAACUACCCUUCAUUCCAUUUGGUGGCUUCAUUCUGCUUCACUCUUUAUGCCAAACCAUGAAGAUGAAACCACCUUCUCCUUUCCACUUCACCCCCAAACCUCUCAGAACCACCACGCUAUUGAUGCAAUUCUACCACACUUCUUCCAGUUUGGGACCAAAUUGCAGAAGGGUUUCUUCUAUACUUGACCCUCGUGCCACCGGUAAAUUCCCACUCACCAAAAGCUCUCUGCAUCGUACUCGUAUCCCAUCAAUAACCUUUGCUACAGCUAACUCCCAUUUGGACACCCCGGGCUCAUCCAACAAGUUGGAAGCUAUGGAAGAGCGCAUAGAGAAGGUCAUUUAUCGAUGUCGGUUUAUGACUCUUCUGGCUGUUUUUGGGUCUUUAACUGGAUCAUUCCUUUGCUUCAUCAAGGGCUGCAGUUAUAUCAUGUCAUCUUUCAUGGAAUAUUGGGUUGAUCGGAGCAAAGUGAUUUUGUUGCUGGUUGAGGCCAUAGAUAUCUAUCUACUGGGAACAGUAAUGCUGGUUUUUGGAAUGGGUCUUUAUGAGCUCUUUGUUUGCAACCUUGAUAUUGCAAAAACACAAUCGAAGGAGAAGGCCACAUCAACAUCAAAUCUCUUUGGAUUGUUUGCUUUAAAGGAACGACCAAGAUGGUUGGAAAUAAAAUCAGUGAGUGAGCUGAAAACCAAACUUGGGCAUGUAAUUGUGAUGCUUCUUCUGAUAGGAUUUUUUGACAAGUGCAAGAAGGCUGUCAUACACUCUACACUGGAUUUGCUUUGCUUCUCAGCUUCUGUCCUACUAUCCUCCGGUUGCCUAUUUUUGCUAUCUAAGCUCAAUGGCUCUACAUGAGACUUUUGAUUCUUCUCUUCUCUUCUGUUUCAUUCAGUAAAAGAGGAUAGUUACGCAAAGCUAUGUAUGUAAGAUAUAUGUUAGAAACAAGGAGUGGUUCCUGCUUGUUUGUUAAUACACGUUCUGAUGUAUGCAUUGGGAUGUAUUAUUUGUAGACUAUAAAUAUAAUAAAACAUAUUUGGUAA